CACCAAAGGAUUUGGACAUUUUUUCUAUAUGAAAGUCUUUGGAAAAACCGGGGUUGAAAUCACAUAUCCUAAAUUACAUGUUGAUGAGAUUGAGGUUGCUCCAAUAGAUGUUGACAAUGAAGUUGAAGAACAAGUACAUGGUGGUGUUAUUCGGUUUGUUCGUACUGCCGGUGAUGAUUAUUUUAGAAUUCCUAAUCCUGUUUCACAUAUGGCUAAGCUUCAUGAAGGGUUAAAAGAUUUGACCAUAAAUUUUUGCAUCUGGACCCGCCACUGCAGAUUACUAACGGUACCAGACGUGAAAGAAGACCCAAUCGUCGUGGUUAUCGUUACGCUUUAA